AUGGAGCAGCGCGCUAACAUUAAAUUCUGUUUUAAAUUGGGUAAAAGUGCGACAGAAACAUUUGAAUUGAUGAAAACUGUUUAUGGUAGUGAAGUACUGAGUCGUAAUAAUGUUUUUAAGUGGUAUGCAAGAUUUCGUGAUGGUAGAGACAGCUUAGAAGAUGAUCCAAGACUAGGUCAUUUAGUAACAGUUCGAAAUGAUGAGAACAUUGAAAAAGUGGCCGAAAUCCUACGAAAUGAUCGUUAUGUCUCUACUCGACUCAUCGAAGAGGUUACUGGCAUACCUAAAUCCACUGUCCAUCUCAUUUCAACUGAAAAUUUAGGAAAAAGGAAAGUCUGUGCUCACUUUGUACCGCACACAUUGACUGACGACAAAAAACAUUGCAGAGUGGAACACUGA